CUCACACACACGCGCGUAUUUAUGUGCCGGGCUGCCGUCAGAGGACCAGAUAUGAACGGCUGGACGGAAGCGACUCGGUCUGUUCUGGUUCUGUGACGGCCAGUCCGAGCUGAUCUGAACCGGGUUUGUUCGUGUUUGAAUCGGCGGAUCAUUUCUGAACCAGCGGUCUCACUCGAACCGGACUUCAACCAGCGUUACACUUUGCAGAGUGGACUGCCUCGGGACGGGAUUACAAUCCAGAACUUUCUCCAGAACCAACAGACUGACGAAACCGGUUUAAACCGCCACUGACGCUCAUAUCUGGGUUUAAAGUCGCUCAACAUUGUUCUCGGUUCUGCUGAAGUCCCGUCGACGGCUGGACUCGCACCACAGCACAGGGAGCCGACAGAGACCCGUCCAGUUCAGCAGUACGUCCAGAUCCAUUCGCCUCUUCCCUCCGGAGAACCACCGGGUUUGUUUUCUCCAUCCUCAGGAAGUGAUCUUGGACUUCUGGUCUCUUGGACCUGGUUUCGAGGAAGGCGAGCGGAUUCCCCCGAGCAGGAAGCAAAGCGGCGGGUUUGUUCUGGCAGCAGACUUUAUUCCGGAUUAACCCGCCAGGAGCAGGUCGUGGUUCUGCUCUUUGACUCAAACAAGAUGAUUGUAGGUGUGGCAGCCAGCUCGCAUAAGUGUCUGAAAAGGCUAUUGGACGAGCCCCAGGACCACCUGCUAAAAUGUAAACGAGCCCAUCUAAGUCUUCCCCCAGCAGCCGCUGGCAUAUCACCCUGCCUCAGACCCAGAAGUCCUGCCCCUCCGGAAACCCAGAACCAAUCACUGUCGAACAUCGGACCCUACCUACUGUUUGAACCCUGCGAGGGGGUGGAGGAGAGUUACCGGGCUGUUCUCAGACACACACAGCAGCAGUUUACAUGCAAGGUGCUGCCUUUCCGUGGUUACCAGGAGCGGCUGGCCCCUUACGCCCGGCUGGGUCACCAUGACAACAUUUGUGGCCUGUCUGACGUGGCCGUUGGCGAGGACAGGGUGUAUGCAUUCCUGCCUGCUCAGCAUGGUGACAUGCAUGCGUAUGUGCGCAGGCAGAAGCGUCUGUGUGAGGAGGAAGCUCGCCGGCUGUUUGUGCAGAUGGUGUCAGCGUUGGAACACUGUCACCAACAUGGAGUCAUCCUGACUGACCUGAAACUACGCAAGUUUGUCUUCACCGACACAUCCAGGACUCGGCUCAGCCUGCAGGGUCUUGACGAUGCAGUUCUGCUCCACGAUGUCAAUGAUGACGCUUUGAUGGACAGGCAUGGUUGUCCCGCCUACGUGGGCCCAGAACUCCUGAGCAAUGAGAAAACUUGCUACUCAGGCCGAGCGGCCGACAUCUGGAGUCUAGGUGUGUCUCUGUACACCAUGCUGAUUGGACGGUAUCCAUUCCAGGACACACAGCCUGCAGUGCUGUUCGCCAAGAUCCGGCGGGGGACUUUCAGCCUCCCUGACUGGCUGUCUCCACAGGCCAGGUGUCUGAUUGGCUGCAUGCUGAGGAAGUCGCCUGCUGAGAGACUGAAGGCUUCUGAAGUCCUGAUGCACCCGUGGCUGACCGAGCCCUGCUCGCCUCCCCCCAACCCAUCAAACAACACACACACACCUCUAAGCUUUAGACAUCACCAUGACGACCAGGUGGUGCCCACAUUCACUGGCAAAUCCUAAAACACACACACACACACACACACACACACACACACACACACACACACACACACACACACACACACACACACACAGGUGAUCCUGACUACUUGAGCCUCACUUACCUUCCUCCCCUCUCCUCUCCAUGUUUACACUUCCUGGUUUGUUUUGACUCAGACUGGCCAAUCAGGAGCGAACCUACAGAAUGCCUUAUUCAUAAUGAAUGUUGAGGACCUCUGAUGGAAUGAAUGCACGUGUUGUACUUUAUCUCAAGUGUGGUAACAAACACCCUGACAACAGUAAGACACGGCGCCAUGACAACUACCUCCGAGACCUCGUCCACCUACCAGUGUAUCCUCCUCUCAAAAGCAAAUGAAUGAAAUUAUUAAAUUAUUCCUAUAUCAUG